AUGGGCGCGGACAGUUCCAGCAGUAGUGGCGAAGAGGACGGAGAUGCCGUGUGGAGGGCGGCGAUUGAUUCUGUCGCGGCUGUGGACUUUCGUUCCUCUUCCGCCGAAGGACGCUCAAGAUCAUGCGAUUCCGCCGACAGCGACGGCGACUCUGAGCUGGAUGACGAGGAGCAGAUGGCGCCGAAGGCGGAGCCCCGUGCCCUGAAGCUUUACCAAAUCAAGGUACCCGCCACCAUCUCCGAUUCCUUCAUCUCGGUGUUGCAAUUGGAGACUCACUUCUCCUCAUCCCCCGAACAGGAAACCGAUGACGCUAAUCUUAUUCCUAUUCAUAGCCUCCCCGAUGUUUCUUAGAUCUCUACUUACCUACUCAGGGGCAUCAAUCUCAGUAGAUUCUAUUAUUAAUCCAAAGUCCACGGUGGCCUGAGGGUUUGCGGUUGCUGAAAUUUCUUCUUCCAGCACGUCCAGAAAUAUUGCACGUCAGUGAUGAAUGUGCAGGAAUACCAGAUAUGGCUGAAAGGUUCAAUUAGGAUUAUUUUUUCACCAGCUUCUAAGGAAUUAAUACUCUUUUUAUUUAAAUUUUUUACCAGUGAGAAUCGUAAAAAAAUUAUAGAAAAAAAGGGUAUUAUAUUCUAUCAGUUGCAGGGAAAAAAGUGGUCCGCUUGAUUUCUUCUAGAUUAUAUUUGUUCAAUUACGCAAGAAAAUCAAGAAAAAAACGGUUCAAGAAUUAUCAUAUGAAUGCCAUAUUGCGAUAUUGUCCUAUGUGCCGUCAUGACUCCCCAGAGAUCAAUCAUCAGCUUCCCUGUUCGAUCAGAAACAACACUGAUUUUCUUUAAAAAUUAAGAACAGAGCUUUCAAUCUCAACCCCCUUUUUUUUUUUUUGUUUUUUGCAUUUUUUUAUCUCAUGGCAGGCACAGAAGCUGAUAGAUGACAUCCUAGACAGGAGCCUGGUGAUGGUGAGAGAUCCUACACCCACCCCGAGUGAAAGUCUGCAGAUGAUUGAAGGUGGCGUCAGACUGUUCACGAAAUCUAGCCGAGGCAUAGUACUGCAUUCCAUUGGUAUGCAUUGAUGGCCAUCUACUAGCCACUAGAAAAUAACAGAGGGGUCGUGGUACUCUGGACACUCAGACUCGAAGCCUUUCCUCAUGAACUCUCACUAUCGUCCAUGAUUAUUUAAUCUACAUGUUGAGCUCAUGGGAUUUUGACCUCCGGAUCAUAUUCGAUCCUUAAAAAAAAAAAGAAGAAGAGAGGAGAUGCUCCCAUGUUGAUUUGUUUUGUUGGCAUCUGCCUUGGAAAACACUGAAGAUCUGGAGGUCUUUCUUGCUAGAUCGGCAUCCGCAACUCAGGGAAAGGCCACGGAUUACUCCAGGAGAGGAAAUUGAUGAAAAAUCGAAGAAGGUUUGUGCUUGAAUCGGCCUUCGGACAGCUUAUUUUGUCAUCAUUCACCGCUCAGUACCGGAUUCUACUUUGACUGUGACCACAGUUUAAGCGUCGUGUUCAUUCUGCCUCUGUUGAUGGCAACGGCAUCAUAGCUUCUGCAAGCAGCGCACAUCAGCAGGCGUUGGUUAGAUCUGAAGCCAGAGAUGCUGCAAGAAGGGCGGCAAACCUAUGCGAGGAGGAGAGAGUGGCGAAACUAAAGAAGCUUAGGGGCGAGAAGUGGUUGCCGUCGCUUGCUCGCGAGAUGAAGGUCAACCGUCAAUCCCCCACUUUCUCUAUGGUACCUCAAUGGAACAAUCCUUGA